AUGGCACAGAGUAUUGAUAUUUAUUAUUUCACUAUGAGCCCACCGUCUCGAUCUGUUUUGAUGCUGAUGAGAACUUUGGGCAUCAAACCUAACAUAAAAAUUGUUAACGUACUUAACGGAGAACAAAUGAAACCUGAGUUUCUUAAGAUAAAUCCUUUACAUACUAUUCCCACAAUCAACGACAAUGGCUUUAUUUUGUAUGAAAGUUCUGCUAUAUUGAAAUAUUUAGUAGAUCAAUACGGAAAAGAUGAUAGUUUGUAUCCAAGAGACAAUAAAAAGGGGGCGAUCGUUACUCAACAGUUAAGUUUUGCAAAUACCACAUUAUUCCCCAGAUUUAUAUCGACACACAUAGCUCUUUUAUUUGGUGGAUCAGUAUCAGAGGACGACAAGAAAAAAUUAAAUGACGCCUUUGAUUACCUUAACAAUACUCUCAGCGAUUCUAAAUGGACGGCAGGUGAAAAUAUGACGGUAGCCGACUUUGCUAUAAUAGGAAUUUUGUCUAACAUUGAGGCUGCUGGUGUAUACGACUUGACCUCAUUCACCAAUUUGUGGCAGUGGUACGAAAGAAUGAAAACGUCCUUGUCGAGUUAUGGAUAUGAAGAUAUUAUGCAAGCUGGUGCCGAUGCUUUUGGACACAUGAUAAAAAACAAAAUAAACUCUUAG